AUGGCUGCCCAGCGGGCUGCAGAGGCAGAAUCCGCAGCUGGUGCUACCGCUGCUGCUCUUGGCGGCAGCAGCUCCGAAGACCAGGCCUCGUCUAUGCCACAACAGACAGCCGGAGCAGAAGACCAGCAGACCCAGGCGGAAGGCGACGCCACACCCGCAUCGAAACCGUCGCUUUUUAAGCCUGCCGCUUCGGCCUCCUCGUCCUCCUCUGCACUCAAUGCCGGUCGCGAAGCCACAUCGAGUGCCACUUCACUCGCCUCGGUGUAUGUAGACGAGGAGAACGAGGACGCCAUGGUGACCCGUAUCGUCUCCUCCGGGCCUGCCGGUUUCACCGCAGUUCAGAACGCGGUUCAUGCCAGUCGCGCCUGCCUGCUGCUGCUAAACCUGAAGCAGUACUUGAAGGAUGUGUACGGAAUGACGGACAGGUAG